AUGGCUGACAGCUCCCACUUCAAGGGCAUGAGCCACAAUGUCACGGGCGAGAUAAGAAAUCCUCUUGAGGGAAUCGCCCGUGACCAGCUUAUGGCGGAUGUCCAGGCCUAUGCUCAGCAAUGGGAUCUGUUGGAUAUCCUACCUGAGCUGCAGAAGGGCGCUUUGGUCGGACAGAAUCCGGCUGCAGCUGAAAGCCUCAGCGAGCUAGAUUCUGCCGACCGGGAGGUCCUGUUCAUUGAGCGUACUCGUCGCUGGGCUCAUCCAUGGCCUCUUUAUUACUGUAUCAUUCUGAAUUCCAUCGCUGCCGCCAUCCAGGGCUGGGAUCAGACAGGAUCUAAUGGUGCCAAUCUUACCUUUGAUGUUGCGUUUGGUAUUCCGAACAACCCUCCUCUCUGCCCUGACAAGGCUACCUGCAACCGUAACCAGUGGAUUCUUGGGUUCAUCAAUGCGGGGCCUGCAGCCACUAUCAUUUUUCUUUGGCUCGUCGACCCUAUCAACCAUUACCUUGGUCGGAAGGGCACAAUCUUUCUCGGUGCCAUCUUCAGUCUUAUUGCACCUAUUGGUUCGGCCUUUACUCAGCAUUGGGGUCAGCUGGAUGUCACUGUCCCCAUUUACUCUGCUGAGAAUGCCCCCACCAACAUCCGUGGAGCUCUAGUCAUGAGCUGGCAAAUCUGGACUGCAUUUGGCAUCUUUCUGGCUUGGAUCCGCCUUUAUUCCUGCAGUUCCUCUGGCUUUGGGGAUUUGGUUCUGCCCCGAGUCGCCUCGUUGACAAAAGGACGACACCGUGAGGCCUACAAAUCUCUGCUUUGCCUUCGCAGCAGCCCCUUGCAGGCUGCACGAGACCUCUACAUGGUCAAUUGUCAGCUUUCCUUGGAAAAGGCGAUGCUGGAUGAAUCUGGUUAUGCGAAAACUGAAAAUGCACUGGUCCGUUUGAAAGAAAUUUUCACAGUCCCUCAGCUACGUCGUGCGACUCUGGCAUCCAGUAUUGUGAUGCUAGGGCAGCAGAUGUGCGGAAUCAAUAUCAUUGCAUUCUACUCCGCUACUGUUUUCUCAAUUGCCGAUGCAAGUAACAUCGAGGCACUACUCGCAUCAUUUGGGUUCGGCGCAAUCGAUUUCAUAUUUGCCUGGCCAGCGGUAUGGACCAUUGAUACUUUUGGACGACGCACUCUUCUCCUUUUCACUCUUCUAAAUAUGUUCUGGACCUUGCUUGCAGCUUGUUUCUCCUUCUGGAUCCCUAUGACCAGCAAAGCCCAUCUAGGUUGCAUUGCGCUGUUCAUUUAUCUCUUUGAUAUGGUCUAUUCCCCUGGAGAAGGCCCAGUUCCCUUCACAUACUCCGCUGAGGCUUCCCCAUUGUCGCAUUGUGAGAUUGGAAUGGCAUGGGCAGUUGCAGUUAACAGUCUUGGGGAGCAGUACUGUGCUUUCGGAUUAUAUGCUGGUCUCAAUAUUGUCGCUCUGGUACUGAGUUUUCUGUUUGUACCUGAGACUUCAAAGCGCUCCCUAGAGGAACUGGACUAUGUGUUUGGAGUUCCUACUCGCACUCACAUGAAGUACCAGCUGACUGUUGUGUUUCCUUGGUGGAUCAAGCGCUACAUCUUCAGACGCAAGCAGAUUCUCUGUCCUCUUCUUUAUCAUGACCGUGCUGAGAUUCAUGAUAUCAGUAUCAAGACUGAUGUUCAAGCUGUCUCAAAUGACCCUACAAAGACCGAGUCGAGCCAGGUCGAGACUGUUGAGACUAAGUCUAAGACCCAGAUGGUUUGA